AAAAAAAAAAAAAAAAAAAAAAAUCGUCGUCCUUUAUAGAUAGAUAAGAACCUAAUAAUUUGUGAUAGAUAAUAAUAAUAUUUUUAGAACGUACUCUUUGAUAUAUAUACAGCAGUAUUUCGGAUCGGAUUAAGUUGAUAUGCAAAUGUCUUCUUACAGAAAAAGGAAAUCGAAAAUAAACUCUGUGGGUGGAAAAAAUACUAAACCGGGAAGUUACACCAAUGAAGAAGAUGCUUUAAUUAUCAAAUUAUAUGAUCAAUAUAUGGGUGAAACAAAUAAGUGGAAGAUAAUUGCCGUUAAAUUAUAUCGUGGACAUAAGAGUAUUCGUGAGCGGUACGUUAAUCAUCUGGAUCCAACUAUUGAUCGUUCUGACUUCACGAAUGAAGAAAAAAAUGAGAUUAACAACCUUCAAAAUAAUCCAGAGUAUUUUAGAAAGUGGGCAGAAAUAGCAAAGAGAAUAUCAGUAAAUAGGAAACAAGGGAGAAGAACAGAAUUACAAGUCAAAAAUUAUUGGAAUAGUAAAGAUCGAACUCAAAAACGUAAAAAUAAAAGAAGUUAUGAACGUAUUCAUAACAUUAUGAAUAUAAAUCAUAUCGUGAAUUAAAUUUAUUAUACAUAUAAAAAUUAUCAUCAUCAAAGAUUGAAAAGUUAAUUUCUUCUAUAAACAUAUCUAGAAUAUACUGUACUGUACAUCAUCAU